CGAAUUCUCCGCUGCCUCGCAGACUCAGGAGAGCUCGGUGGACUGUUAGUUCAGGUCUCAGUCUGUGGCCGCAGAGCCAGGUCUUUCCCGCUCCACAGCGAUGGAUCCAGGCAGCCGGGUCAGCGUCCCAGAGGUCAUCCGGAAGAAACGGGAUGGCGAGAAACUGCAAGAAGAGGAAAUCCAGACUUUUGUCCGAGGGGUGACGAGGGGCACCCUGAAGGAUGGCCAGAUUGGGGCAAUGCUGAUGGCCAUUCGACUGCAGGGCAUGGAUGCCAAGGAGACGCUGGCACUGACCCGGGAGAUGACUGCAUCAGGGCGAGUCUUGGAGUGGCCUGAGGAAUGGCAAGGACUUCUGGUGGACAAGCAUUCCACCGGCGGCGUUGGCGACAAAGUCAGCUUGCCUCUGGCCCCAGCUUUGGCAGCCUGCGGAUGUAAGGUGCCCAUGAUCAGUGGUCGAGGCCUGGGCCACACCGGAGGCACGCUGGACAAGCUGGAGUCUGUGCCUGGCUUCAAGGUCUCACAGAGUCCCGAUCAGGGGCAGGUCCCAGCCGCAGGGGGCACUCUUUUAGGAACUGUUCAGCAGAUUUUAGCACUGCCAAUCGCUCUGGUGCUCCACAGCCUGGGAGCUGGACGCACCCGGGAGGGACAAGCCAUCAAUCACUGUGUGGGAGCUGAGCUGCUGGUUUCCGUGGGGCAGCGCGUGAGGAAAGGAUCUCCGUGGCUCAGGAUACAUUACGAAAGCCCCAAACUGACGGAUGGUGACCGACACAGCCUGCAAGCCGCUCUGAUUUUGGGAGAUCCCUUUCCUCCCCGCUCAAAGGUGGUAAAGACUAUCCUGCCGCACACAUCUCUCAACGAGGCUGGAUCAAGAGGGAACUGGAAGAGACCUGCAGAAAAGCAGAACUUGGAGGACACCAAACCACCAUCUAGCUGAUUCUGUUUCUUCUCCUUUUAAUUCGUUGCGUGACAUUUUUAAAAAAAAUUUGAACUUCAAAUUCAUUCCAACGUCCAAAACAUUCACAGAGAUAAAAAUUCACCGCAUUCACUAAAUUACGAAAUACUUAUUUCUUCUGCAGCUGGUCGUUAAACAUCCAGAUAAAAUCAAAUUGUUACUAAUAAAAAGUCUCACUUUUUUCUACUGGAGGGGAGGACAAAGGCCCAGCUCCCAACAGAAGUGUACUUGGUGCAACACGCGUACAAAAUAAAAUAGAGAAAAAAAGAAAUGGAGCUGACUUUAAUUAAGCUUCCUAAAGUAGAAUGGAAAGA